GCUAUGGGCACAUAAUUACGAAUCCUAUGGCAUGACAAUAUUUCUUUAAUCUGUCCUUUCCGAUGAGAUUCGUUUAUGAGAAUUUAUUCAUCUACACAUCUUCCUCAUUGAAUGUUCUCACAUCCUACGAUUAGUUCUGACGGAGGGAGAGACGCUUACACCCUUCCUGCGAUCAUUUUUUUCGUUGUCAUUCUUCCUUUGUCUUUCAUUGCACUUCAUCCCACUGGUUCAUCUACUAGUUCCUCCUUUCUCGUCAGCCUCCUUGGAUUUCACUUAACUCCAUUCAUUUCUCUCUUAUACCUACUAAGCUGCAGUGAGGACCAAUCAACCUCGCGACGGGGUGAAAGUGAAGGUGAAAAUGAGAGUGAAUUCGAGGUCCUACCUAAGGCCAAAGUGAAAGUCUUUCACUUGUAGACCGCUUCUUGCGCUGAUAUCUCUAUAUAAGCCUGCUUAUCUCCCCGUUAGAUCUCGCUCAAUACGAUUCACCUUUUUCCUCACCCGGCAUAGUU